GCACGUUCAGUGCAGCGGGCUCUUCUUUCAACCGAGUGCUUUUGGGAGGCUAGACGCAGGGUUUUGGAGUAUGCCUGUUUCGGAGUAACCGCCUGCCAAUAUCUUUUGCGCUCUACACGGGCUGGAAAAAACUAAGAGAAUAUCGCUUUUGCUAAUUCGUCUACUGCCGUGGCCAUGAGUUAGACGGUAGUCCGACGGCAGCUGUGUCUGGAGACGCCUGUGCCCUCCUCCCCUGCCCGUCCCCCCUGCCCCCCAGUGCUCCAUGAGCCAGCAGGAUGCCACUGCCACCCUCGCACUUUCCGAGCGCCUCCUUGUAGCCUCGCACAAGGGCCAAGCCGACAAUGUGGUCCACCUCAUCAACAAGGGUGCCACGGUUGCUGUCACCAAGUAUGGCCGGACUCCACUGCACCUGGCCGCCUACAAGGGCCACAUCGAGGUGGUGCGCAUUCUGCUGAAGGCCGGAUGUGACUUGGACAUUGAGGACGAUGGUAACCAGACAGCCUUGCACCGGGCAGCGGUGGUUGGAAACGGUGAUGUCAUCGCGGCCCUCGUCCAGGAAGGGUGUGCUUUGGAGAGACAAGAUAAGGAUGGUAACACUGCUCUGCAUGAGGUCUCCUGGCAUGGCUUUAGUCAGUCGGUCAAACUGCUGGUCAAAGCUGGAGCCAAUGUUCAUGCUAAAAACAAGGCAGGAAACACGGCCCUCCACCUGGCAUGUCAGAAUGGUCAUGCCCAGAGCACCAAAGUGCUGCUGCUAGGAGGCUCCAGGCCAGACAGCAAGAAUAAUGUUGGGGACACAUGUCUUCAUGUUGCUGCACGCUACAACCAUGUGUCCAUGAUCAGGAUCCUCCUGGGCGCAUUCUGCUCUGUUAGCGAGAAAAAUCAGGCCGGGGACUCUGCCCUGCAUGUGGCCGCCGCUCUCAACCACAAGAAGUCUGUGCGCCUGCUACUGGAGGCGGGCACUGACAGCAGCCUACUCAACAACGCAGGUCAGACGGCAUUGGACCAGGCACGAGAGCACAACAACCCAGAGGUUGCCCUGCUCCUCACCAAGGCCCCACAGGUCCAGAGUUUCACUCGUGGCAGGAGCGUGAGGAAGCGGCGAGAUAAGCUGAAGGCAGAGCGUCGAGCUCAGUCAGUCCCACGGGAUGAAAUGCUGCCCAGUAAGGAAAGCCUAUCAGCCGCCGAUGACACCCAGAGCAGUGACCAAGUGGUGCAGAGAUGCAAGGAGACGAAGAACAACCCACAGACCACAGACGGAGGGGCCGCGAAGAAGAGCAAGGCCAAGAAGCAGAACGACAAGCCGUUCCUGUCGGAGCCUCUGACCCGUCGAGAGAAUAAGCGUGGUGGCGGGGAGGCGGUCCAGAAGAGGAGGGGCAAGGCACGGGGCCUCUCCCCCCAAGCACAGCCACCACCCCACAACUACAAGGCCUACCAGCUGUACACGCUCUACCGCGGCAAGGAUGGAAAGAUCAUGCAGGCCCCGCUAAAUGGCUGUCGGUGCGAGCCGCUCAUUCAAGAAGCUGAGCGGGCCCCGCUAAAUGGCUGUCGGUGCGAGCCGCUCAUCAACAAACUGGAGAACCAGCUGGAGGCCACCAAGGAGGAGAUGAAGUCAGAGCUGCACACCAUGCAGGAGCUCAUGAACAACAAGAUGGGACAACUCGACCGCAAGAACAAACACCAGAUCAGAGUGCUGGACAAGAUGACCACAGAGAGAGCCGUGGCAGAGAGGACGGAGUGCCUGCAGCGGAUUGACCAGAGAGCCAUGAAGGAGCGAGUAGAAGGCGAGAAGAGACAGCAGGCAGUAGUCAUGAGCGAGCUGAAGAACUGGUGCUUGUCCAAGCUCCAGAGCAUGGAGAGGCGCUUCACCGGAGACGCUGGCAAGCUGCGCAGGUCCUCCUCCCUGGCAGACACCCUGGGUAGUGAGGAGGGCGGCUCCAGUGGCAGGGGAGGAGGAGGAGGAGGAGGACUGACCACUCUGUCUGGAGGAAGUCAUCACUGCCUGUCUGACUCCACCGCGGGGGGAGAGGGAGGGGGAGGCGGCAGCGGUACCCAUCCUGCUACUGAUGACUCCUCAGCCAAUUACUUUGUGGUCCAGGUGGACAGCUCUCCAGAUGAAAAGCAGCAGCAGCAGCAGCAGCAGCAGCAGCAGCCCCUACCUGAGUCCUCUUCUGUUCAGUGUCAAAACAAGUCCCUCCCAUCCUCUCCCUGUGUGGUGCGGCGCAAGGAGCGACCCGUGGUCUCGUCUGACCCCCGCAGGCAGGAGGAGGAACUGCAGGAGCUGGAGCUGGAAGUGCCUGGGCCCAGCAGCCGCCACCACCACCACCACCAUGUUCCAGCCCGCUCCACCAGCCUGUCUCCGGCCACGGAGCGCCGCUUCAGCAGCCGACACCAACAACACGAGCACCGAGCAAGGACAAGCAGUGCCACCAAGGCUCACCAUAAGACAAAACACUCUCGAGGCAGAGCGAAAUCCAAAAUUAGAACUGCGGGCCAGAAUCCGUCGGAUACGACACCAACCACACAAGUGUUUGGGGACCGUCAGGGGCGUCAAACACUAGUAGCAGAGCCCACUUUUGCACAGGAAAGGGACAACAUGCACGCGCUGGAGGUGACCCAGUAUUUCUUCGAGGCGGUGUCCUCACAGCUAGAACGCUGGUACGAGCGCAAGAUACAGGAGGCCCGGUGGCAGACGGACCAAAGGGCCCAAGCGGACCGCAGCGCUCUGUUAGAACGCAUCGGCUACCUGGAGGAGGAGCUCAGGCUGCUAAGAACUAACAAAGAAGGAGAAAGUAAAAGCUCACAGGAGACAAACUGAAGCCCAUGAAAUAAAAAAAUGUAUUAUGUUAUUGAAAGACUUUUGAAAAGUCUUUUGUCCGCACAGGCUUUUAGAAAAAAAGUGUCAAAAACAAAAUGUUGGGUGUGUGAUCAAAGUGAAGGUUCUGCUCUUGCAUAUCUUUUAUAAUGUUUUAUAGAUGCUGAAGUCUUAAGUCAGGAAAGCUUAAUCAUGUCAUGUUUUAAGUACAGAACAAGUGACAUGUAACACUAGUUCUCAUGCAGAUGCUCCAACACUGUUUCUUAACUGCUGAACCUGUGAUCCAUUAACAGUUUGUAGACACUGAAUAUGUAUUAAAUUAUUCAGCUUGAAAGAUGUUUACAAUGACUACUCUUGUGCUUUUAUGAUCACUGUGCAUGGUGAUGUUUAAAAUAGAUUAGUGUACUUUAAGUGCUAUUUUUACCCAAUGCUGUGUAGUUGUCCACAUAGAAAAAUAGACCAUUCCAAACCAAUGUCUUCAUUUUCCAGUUUCCGCAAUGAAAUCAAUUCUCUGUUAACCUAACGACCUUUGAUUUUACAUGGAAUAAACUUGACUUCUUUGUAUUUGAAUAGUUUAGUUAACUAGAGGUUUUGUCUCUUGCCAAGAAAAAGCCGGAUCUGUAAAAGUAGGGGUUAAUAAUCUAUAUAAGAUAAAGAAAGUCUUGCCUGCAUGUUUCAAAACACUGCUAUGCCUUCAAGUAAGCUUAAAGGGCCGGUGUGUAAUUUUAGUGGUUUAUUUUCAAAACAUGUUGCUCAUUCACAAGCUUAAUAUUUUUUCAUUAGUGUGUUCUAAGGGACUACAAUUUACUGGUUUGACCACAGUAGAUUUUGAUGCAAAAGAUUUCUGGUAUUUCAAAACAUGAUCGAUUCACCGAUUUAUUUCCAAGUCCUCGUGAAUACUUAGAAGCUGAUUGUGGUAAAUAUCCAUGAAAAAACAUCAAAUUUGGGAAUGGGCAGCAUAAUUACACAUUCUUGUCUGGUGACUUGCAAAGUCAUGUGUUACGUUUGUGGUCAAGUGUAUGUGUACAUGUAUUUGUGAGAAUUCAAUGAAUUCUACCUUUUGUAAAAUAAAUGUCCAGCUAUUGACAAACUUCUUUACAGCACUUGUAGAGCUCAAAUGAUGAUGUGAAUCCUGCAGAUGUACAGAAUGGGCAGUAAAUUCAUAGAUCACUAUGCACAUAUUAUUUGGCUUGUCAAGACAUAUAAAAAUGCUUCAGGCAAGAAACAGUUCUUGACAUGUUUAUUUACAUUAACUGUACAAUGAUACAGACAGCAGCAUUACAUAUCAUCUUACCAUUGAAGACAUCUACUAGCUCAACUUGACAACUCAGUAGGCUACAUAGGUGUUACAAGAGGGGAUCACCAGUGACGUCAAUUUUGAACAACCAAUACCCUAAACUGGUUCCCAAAGUCGUGAUGUGGGGAGAUUGUAGGGAAGGGACUGUAUGGUUAUCAAAUGUAUUUAUUUUCCAUGUGAAUUUUAAGGGACAAAAAUGUUGCAUGUUUGAUAU